UGGCGAAUUCGUUAUAUAACUACAAUCCCCACAACACAUAGUAAUAUGUAAUAUGUUUUUUUUUUUUUUUAAUUCAAAAUUUAAAGCACGCUGGUGAACACAUAUUUUGGAUUCAGGAUCGCAUUCUUUCGUUAAGACAGAAAGUUUCUGUUUAUCAAUGGAAGGAGAGCCCUCCAGUCACUACUGUCUGGUCAUAUUACCGAAUGGAAUAAGUUGCUAUAUGACUGCAGAGGAUAAAGAAAUAUAUAACAGUUAUCAUGCAGAAUUGGCCACCGUUAUGGAACCAUUGCAGCAGAAGUCUCUAUGUAUUCCGUCCCCUUUUAAGGACUACCCACCAGCUCCAAGUAAUACUCCAGAGAUGAAAAAGGAGUCAGAGCACACUACUGAUGUGGCAGGUUUUAGUGAAGCAGAUAUUGGUGUGACCACCUGGAGCAGAGAAAUGGUGUUGACUCUCAUAAAUCUUCACACUCGUUAUGAACAUAAGUUAAUUUCUCAAAAACAUAAAAAGAAAGAAGUAUGGGCAGAGAUUACAAGCGAACUGAUCAAGAUCUGCAAAGUGUCAGUAACGGUUCAACAGACUGAGCAAAAGUGGAAAAAUAUUACAAAGAAAUAUAGAGACACUGUUGCCCAUAACAGUGUGUUUGGCAACAGUCUCCGCACUUGUUCUUUCUACAAGGAGCUUUCAGAAGUGUACAGAUUCAAGCCCAGUGCUGAGACGGUCUCUAUAGCAACAAAGGCAUGUGAUAUUAAGAAAAGAAAAUUAGAAAAGUCAUCAGGCAUCCCAGCAAGGAGGGUUGUAGGAAGUGACACCACAGAAGACAGUCAUGUUUCUAAUGUGAAAAAGCUUAAAGAAAUGAACGCAAAAAAUUCUUCAAAGAAGGAACAGCGAUCAGCGAUUGUGGCUCUUGUUAAGCAGCUACAAGAGGACCUAAAGUCAGAGCACCAGCAGGCCAUGGACACACUGAAAAAGAUGCACGAUGAGAAAAUGGCACUGAUGUCUUCAUUUUUAGAUGUAUUGAAACAGCACACUGAAUAGAGCUGACUAUUGGUUUCAUACCUCAAAUUAGAGUUUUGUCACAAAGAAAACAGUUACUAUCCUUUUGUGUUUUCUCAUUGAACUGGAUAUAGUUACGAAUGUAUUGUAUACUGUCAGUAUGUCGGAUCCGUCAUCCAGCCUUAUAAUAUUAUUAUAUCAGCGGGACAUCACUUCAAAUAAAUGACUUGGCAAUUAUAAGUAUGUGCUGUUUCUAAUACUGUGUAAGAAUUCACAAACUUUUUUGUUUAGUGUAUUUCUGGUAUGUGCAUAGGGAGCAUUGUGUGUGAUUUUAGGAAACUGGGAUUUGCACAGGAAGUCACAAGGUAUCAGCAGUUUAAACUUUUUUUUUUUAAUCUAUAGUGUGGUAUAAUAAACAAGUAUGUCAGUAAUAUACAUCUCCUGGCAGAUGUAAAUUCAAAAUUGGAUAUCAGUAGAAUGAAAAAAUUGAUGACCGUGACAUAUAUCAACAGUAAGUACAAAAUAGUAUAGAAUAAAAAAUGUUAGCAAUAAAUGUUUCAUCACAAUUUCAUAAGCGAUUCUCCAGAUAUAUGCAAAACUGUACGUGUGACAUUGUGGACGGUUAUAUGGACAGCCAGAGACCCUCCCUCAUAUCUCCAGAAUAUUCUCAAGACUAUAUUCGAAUUCAGGGUAAUACCUAGUUUCAUGAUAAUUGAAUAAGCGGUUUCCCAGAAAUAUGCAAAAAUGUGGCAUACAGUUAGACAAAUGUACAGACAGACACCUGCGUAUAUCUUUAGAAUCUGAUAUUCUCAAAAAAUAAUGUUAACACCAAGUUAGAUUAGAUGAACCAAGAAAUACAUUUGGGUUGUUAUCUGUGCACCUGGGACAUUACUCAAUUGACAGAAAACUGUAUGCGCACUUGUUACAACAAUGGUGGAUAAGCUUGAUUCAUUGGCUUUGAUUAUGUUGGAAAAGGGAGAUCCCAUUUUAUUGUAAGUGAUAUUCAUAACUUACUGAUGCAAGUAUGCAUCAUGCUUGUUUAAUUCAUAAAUUGAGUGGCAAGGGGGGGAGGGGGGGUGCCUGGAGCUGGAGAGAGAAUGCAAACAAACUGCAGAAUGUCAGCAAAAAGCACAGUCUGCUUUAAAAAUCUAUUUUAUCUCAAUUGUCAAAAAAAAGUGAAUUCACUGCACACUUGUUACAACAAUGGUGGAAGCUUGAUUCAUUGGCUUUGAUUAUGAUCAUAAAUGUUUGUUCUAUUACAUGGUAUUGACCUACAAAAACUGCUGUACGCAAGAAAAGGGCAUUUCACUUCUAACAAAUGUGCAGUUGCUACUUCCAGUGUAUGGAACUGCCCGCUAUCCAACAGCCUGCAUUGUGAGCGUUUGCUAUGCAUCGCAGACAUUUUAAAACUGCAGUGAGUUAAAAAAAUAAAAAAAAAAUGUAAAAAUAAUUAAAGACCAAAUUGGGGCCACAUUUCCCAACCCCCCACUCAUUCAUGCAUAAAAUUAGCCCUCACUUUGCAACUUGAUUGCACUGCCAUUAAAAACAAAUGUCCCCCAUUGUGUCUGGUUUACAUAGCCAUUAAUUUAGUGCAGGGGCAAUUAAUAUACAAUUUUUGUGUCUUGCAGGGAGCAAGUUAUGCCAGAGUGUGUCUCAUGGUAGUGACCCCCAGUUUUAUUAAAAAGUUGUAUUUGACCAAAAGUAGGAAGCACCUUUUCACAGAGCAUAUAAUAGUUUACCAAGUUAAUUACUGUAUUGUAGUAACAUGUAAAACACAAUAGGAAUAUUAAAAAGCAGGGUUCUGCCCUAUUAGAUUACUGUAUAUGGGGAAACUGGUGUGCUUACAGGGAACAGGCUUGAUGUUCCAAACAACCUAUCCUAGUUCCUAACAUUUGUUAUUUUCUGAUAAGACAUAUUUAAAAAAUAUCAGCUCAAUAUGCACCUCUGUAUACUACCAAAAAGGAAAGGGAGUUGCAAAUUACAUGUAUAGAGUAACUUACUUAAGGUAUGCAUUACGCCUGGAACAGCUGAAACUAUCUUAAGAGAGUGCAAACAAACUGUAUUGUCAACAAAAAGAUCAGUCUAUUUGACAAGAGCCUAUAUCUCAUUGUGGUGCAAAAGGGUAAACUAUGAACGAAUCUACUAUUUACCACCAAAAAUAUAUUGCAGUAUUACAUUUUACAUCAUCACUUUAGUUAGUUAUUAAAGUUUCAAACUACAUGUACUAAAACUGUAUAUAAUGAAAAAACAAAACAAAACAAAACAUACGUAUAAAACAGUUAGUAGCUGGGCAUUCCAAAAAGUCUAUACAAAAUUCAGUUUAAAACUGCGACAAAUGGCUGGGGCGGGAUUUGCAAUACCCACGCACAACACGCGUCUUAUGAGACAGUUUGUGGGAAUGCAUUCACUAUUGAUUCCCCACCCCCUCUUAAUCUGCUCUUAAUUUACCAAAAUUGAAGUAUGCCAUUUAACAAAGAAUAACAAAAUCCACGAUUUUCUACAUAGGGUUUUUUUCCUUCUCAUAUAAAAAUAAAAAAUACACCUGUUAGUUCAGUUAAUUUGCUUUAGGGUUCGAUAUUAUUAUUAUUAUUAUUAUUAUUAUUAUUAUUAUUAUUAUCAGUUGCAUUUCUACUAAAUGGCCAUAUACUAACUAUACCUCUACACCCAAUAAGGAAUUAUAUAAUGUUUAGAGACAACAUAGAAGUACAUACUAAGCCUAAAGUCGUUUCAGUGAAAGCAUGUUUGUUUCUUAAAUUGUAGUAGCAGUUGCCACAUGAAUAAGUGUGUAAUGUUUUGUAGCCAGUGGUAUACUAAUGUAAAACAGAUUUUAAAAAAAUAUAUACCAGCUGAUUCCGUAGACGUACAAUACAAAGCGUGCUUGUCUUUUUACUGAACGUGCCUACAUAUUUCACUUAUUUGGUAGUGAGAUCCCACAGAAAAAGAAAAAAAAAAUACUUAAAAAGUAACGUUAAUGAUUGCUGAGAUACCACACCAGACAUAAAAAUGAGGGAUUACGGAGUGAGACUACUUUCUUAGUAGUGAUACGUAUUAAAAUUGAUGUCAGAAAGUAUUUAAAAUCUGACAAUAUGCAUUUGUAAUAUUACAAACAAACUGUUAAACUGUUAUUUUGUUUAUAGUCUAUUUCUCUGUGCCUUUAGCCGGACUUUUUAUUUUCUUUGUUUCCAUUCUCUGCUUCCUCAAAAUUCGCUCCUUUUGUAUUUUAAACCACGCAGCCACAUUUAGGACCAAUCAUAACGUGGCUUUUUGUUUACUCACCAAUGUCGUUUGCCCCGCGCAUUUUAAAU